GCUUACACACAGCCUGAAGCGCCAUUUCGCUUCUUCCUGAACGGUUACGUUGUAUUAGUUGCGAGAACAUCCAGCAUUUAGGUGGUGAGAUCUCGCGGUUGUUCGUAGAGUGAUAGCAGUUUGUAUAGAUCGGGGUUUUUGAAAUUUGUCUUGUUUUCUGCUUUUAUAAACGAAAGGUUCAUCAUGAGUGAUGUAGGAAAACUUUUUAUUGGUGGCUUGUCAUUCAGUACAGAUGAACAUUGUUUAGAAAUGGCCUUCAGCAAAUAUGGUCAGAUAUGUGAUGUUGUGGUUGUAAAAGAUAGAGAAACUCAGCGCUCAAGAGGGUAUGGGUUUGUCACAUUUGAAAAUCCUGAAGAUGCAAAGGAUGCUAUGAUGGCCAUGGAUGGGAAGACUGUUGAUGGACGACAGAUCCAUGUAGACCAGGCAGGAAAGUCUUCAGGCAACAGAAACCGUGGUUUUGGCAGGGGUGGACAGUCAGGACGUGGCUUCCGUGGAGGUCGAGGAAGAGGUGGUAGUGGAGGACGUUUCGAGUCCAGAAGUGGUGGAUACGGUGGUGGAGGAUAUGGUGGGGGUGGCAGCAGUUCCAGGGGAUAUUAUAGCAGAGACAGAGACCAUGGAGGAUAUCAGCGAUCUGGAGGGUCCUACAGAGAUAGCUACGAUAGCUAUGACACACACAACGAGUAAAACCCUCCUGACUCGAGAUCGUCCUUCCAUGUGGCUGUAUUUAUAAAGAAUUUUGAAGCAUCGCAGAAUCCUUUGUGUAGUCCAUCCAUUUUUGUGCAUGAAGUUACUUAGUUUUGGACUUAAUCGAAUGACAGUUUGUAGUCAGUAAUUCAUACUUUUUUCCAGCAAACUCAGUUUUACAAAUUCUCACUGUUGAAAGAACUUUCACUUUUACUUUGCUCGUUUGUAUUUUAGCCAGAUUAAAGGUCUCUUUAAAAUUUAAUGUUGCAGUUCUGUGCAUGAUCUUGAUAAUUAUUGACUGGUAAAGCAAAAGGGAAAAUGUUUAGAAGCUUGAUAAGCUUUGCUAUAUGUUUGGUUCUUAUUUUUGGCAUAAUAAAUUAGGGUGAAGCCUGCACUCUUUUAAUUUAGUAAGCCAUGUUGGCAUGGUUUAAGAACUACUUCAGAAUUCAAAAUUAUGCAGAGUUUGCAUAUGUAACUAUGUAUUUUUGUACCCUGUCUUAAACCCAAGAAAAAAUGUUGUAAGAAAAAAUCAUUUUCUUGGAAACUUCCUUUUUUUCUGAAUCAAAAUUAAUUGUCCUGUUGUGACAUUGUAAUUGUUUUAGCUUUAAGGAGCCAAAUAAAAGUCUUCUUGAAGUUAA